AAGAGUGCCAAGUCUCCUCCAUAGACAAUCCCGUUCCGUUCGUCUUGCCUUUUGGCUGUUGCAAUCUGUUGAGCACACACCAAAAACCGCCUACGCCGAGCCAAAACCCCCAACCCCGAUCAGUCCGAUGGCGUCCGACGAGGCCUCCCCGGCGGCGGCGGCGGCGGCGGCGGAGAGGAUUCGCGUGGUCGGGGCGUGGGCCGGCUCCCUGGAGGUGGAGCUGGGCGGCUGGACGGUGCCGAUGCUGCGGGCGGAGGUGGCGCGGCGCGCGGGCGGCGUGGAGCCCGACCGCAUCAACCUCAUCUUCGGCGGCCGCGUGCUCAAGGACGAUCCGCCCGCGUCGCUCCAGCAGGCCGGCCUCAAGGGCAACGCCAAGGUGCUCUCCACCCUCCUCGCCCCCGAUCGCGGCAAGGCCAUCGCCGCCCAGGCCGCCGCGGCGGCGGCCGAGGAGGAGCAUAAUAAUAGGCUCGUCAGGCUCUGGAAUGCUGCAGAAGCACUAUGUCAAAGGCAUACUGAUGGCUCCUUUCAUGAAGAAGAUUUCAACUUAGAUCUUGAGGAUCAGAGUGGCCAGAAAGUGAUGUUUGGAUCUGUAGAUGAUCUCAAGGCGGUAAAGAUGGCUUUGAUGCUUCAUCAAAAAGCCAAAACAUUUAUCAAGAGGGACAUGCACAAGGAGGCACUUGAUGUCUUAGCAAUGGCUGAGGAAGCUUUCUCUCUUUGUGACCCUAAACUCAUUGAGAGGGUUGAUAAUGUGCCGAUGCUUCAGCUAGAUAUAGUUUGGUGCUAUUUCGUGCUUCGUGAUGUAUCACGCUUAGAAGUUGCAGGAACUCGCUUAGAAAGGGCUCGCUCAGGAUUUGAACGUUCUCAUGGUAAAGACUCUGCUCGUUUCAGAUUACUCCAAGCUGGCCGUCAUGCAGAUCUUGCAAUAUAUGUAAGGCUGGAGCUUUUGGAAGGAGUGGUAGCAUAUCACAAUGGAAAUACUGUAAAGGCGCGUGAAUCCCUUACUUCUGCCCAAGCAAAAUACAUGCAGCUUCAAGUACCAGAUGAAGCUAUAUCAAUCUUAAUGAGCAUGGGCUAUGGAGCACAAGCUGCAAAAAGAGCAUUAAAGAUGACUGGCUAUGAUAUCCAAUCCUCAGUUGAUCUCUUAUGUGAAGAGCGUGAAAAGAAAAUUCGUAGAGUACAGGAAGAUAUGGAGAUGCAAAAAGAGAUCAUGGAACAAAAGAAAUAUGGUAAAACUCCCAUGAACAAGGCAGUGAAUAUGCAGAAGUUGAAAGGCUUGGUUGCAAUUGGGUUUGAGAAGAAACUUGCUGCUGAAGCACUCCGCAUAAAUGAAAAUGAUGCUGACAAAGCACUAGAUCUCUUGACAGAUCCUGAGCAAAAUUGCAUCCUACAACACAAAAUCAUGUCAAAGGCGAAGCGAUUAUCUCGCGGCUCGGGCUCAGGGUCAUCAAGCUCCAGGGCUGCUGCUGCCACGACUGCUUCAGGGGUAAACAAUUCACAGGCUCCGGUUGACACUUCAGCUAAUGUUCCAGAUGGAAGCGCUAUGGAGGAGAGUCAUGUGUUGCCUGUGAUCAAUGAAGAAGCUGCAAACAACGUAGAGGCUGUGAACGAUGACGAAACUGUGAACCAUGAGGAGGAAGAUAUGAGCGAGGAGUCAGCUGAGGGUGAAGAAGAAGCAAAUCCUCCUCCAGUCAGGGAUGUGGCGAUGGAAAACGAGCUUGCCCAUGAAAUGACGGGGGAUGCCUUGGAUGACUAUGAUAUUGAUGUUAGCAACGAAGGGCAGGCUAUAUCAGAGUACCUGAGCUUACUGGAUUCUGCUGCUUAGGCUUGAUGUGCAAACAUAUUACUCACCUGGUCUAGAUAGUUUUUAUCAAACCUCAGAAAGAAAUAUAGUCAGCCUCAAUCCGAGAGAGUUUGCUUAAUAGGGUCGAUUUGUACAUGAGUUUACCUUUCUGCCACCUGGAAACUUAUUACCGUGUGCUUAAGUAAUUUCUCAUGGAUAGCAAUCUCAGCUUUAGAAGUUACUCCUUGUGCUAUCAA